AUGGCCGAUACAACAGAUUUUGAUGGUCUUGGUAUAAUAACAUCAUCAUCAUCGAAACAACCAAUAGAUGAUAUUAAUUAUACAAAACCUCUAACUGUAUCGGGAUUGAAAAAACAAUUACUUUAUCAACUAAACGAAAGUGCAAAUCAAAUACAGAUGAUCUCUGAUUUGAAUACCGCUUUCGUAAAGCAACAAUCAGAAUUAUUAAGUAAAAUAGGAGAACUUGAUUUGACAAAAGGUGAUGAAAUUUCUCAAGAACUAAAAGACAAGCUAUCCGAAUUUGAGAAGGGUUCCAACGCUUUGAACGAAACUAUCAUAAAGGUUUUAAAGGAGUUUUUAAUGACGUCUGCAGGUGAUGCUUCAACCUCGACAACAGGAAUGACAGAUAUAACACAAAUUUUGACUGUAGAAAUUAGGCACUUACAAGCUCAGUUACAGGAGAAAGAUCAACGAAUAAAGAAACUCGAGAGGAGUAAAGCCAAAUUAAAUCGUUUCAGUGAACAACUUAAUAAAACACUACAAACGCAUCAAGAACAUGAAA